CUUCUGCGCUGGCUCAAGUGUCAUCCGAUCUUUUUGCAAUCUCGCGAUCCCAUAUGCUUCCACCGCCGCCGAUCUCGUCCAUCCGGCACCAACAGUACCAAACUGCUGCCCCAUGCAACAUGCCCAACCCACUAUCUCGCUGCCGUCCGUCCUUGUCCGUGCGCAUCUUCGUUAUUGCCCAAGCAUAAGAAUUGCCGAAGCUAUAUCUUGAGGCAGACCCGAACUUCAGCUUCCUCUCCCCAAGAAGUUCUUGGCCCAACCGAGACAACGUCGCAUCGGUUCCCGUCUCUGCCAUUUGACAGAUACCUCUCGACCCUUUUUUGCUUCAUUCUUUCUAAACCGACAUUCGUUUUGUGUUUCCUCCCCGGCUACCCUAUCCCACAAGCUAAGGUCAACCAAGAAGCUGUCAAACCACCCGUCGGGACUUGAAGCUUUCCUAGUGUGUAUGGUUGCAACACUAUGUUGGAGCGUCCAGGGCGAAUAGCAGGACAAAGUUGGAUCGAUUGCUACCAUACAUAGUCGUCAAUCACCAUGAUUGACACCGCCACCACAUUACCACCCAACCCCUCACCAGAUUCUCCACCUCCGCCAUCAUCAUCAUCAUCAUCAUCCUCACCACCACCGCCGCCGCCGCCGCCAGGGGCCCCAGUAGUCGACUUUGCAGGUCUAGCCCAUGACUCUCUUAUGGUCAAUAUCAUUGCCUCGGCUUCGAUAUGUUGGUUCAUCGCAGCCCUUUUUGUGGCCCUCCGAUUUUACACUAGAGGGGUCCUGAUCAAAGUGAUUGGGGGCUCAGACUGGAGUAUACUUGUUGCCUUGAUAUUCGCUGGCGCAACAUGCGGAGGGGUGAUUGAACAAGCAACACACGGCGCAGGUCAGCACGUCUGGGAUCUUGACCCCAACGACACCCCCUCGGCGAUUGCCUGGGGCCGGGCGGCCUGGUACUGCAUCUUGUUCUACCUCAUCACGCUUUGCUUCUCCAAAAUCAGCAUCCUGCUGCUGUAUAUCCAUUUGUUCACCUUCAAGUGGGCGAGGUUGGCGGGGCAGAUCCUGCUCGGGAUUGUGAUCAUCACGCACCUGUUCAUGGCGCUGGCGACGUUUACGGCGUGUAUACCGCUGAAUAGCUAUUGGGAUUUUACCGUGGAGAAAAAGUACUGCCAUGCGCAGAGUGUUUGGUGGAGCAAUACGGGGAUGCAUAUGGUGACUGACUUUUUGAUCUUUUUGUUGCCCAUGCCGGUUGUCUGGUCCAUCCGCCUCCCUCGCCGCCAGAAGCUGGCAUUGUCGGGGUGUUUGACCGACCUUGAUUUCACCUACGCCGCUGCCGAGCUCAGCUAUCUUACCGCAGUUGAGUUCUUCCCUGGGCUUCUCAGCUCGAGGGCAUCAGGAUCGUCGAAUGGGCAAAGUGGUGCGGGGGAUAGCAACCAGUAUUAUAAUUACGCGGAGGGGCGGAUCAACGGACGAGGGCCUCCUACGAUUGGGAGCAGGCCGUCAAAGGGAGUGCGGAAUGACUUGGGGUCGUUGGCCAGUCCGACGGAUUUGCAGUAUGGAUUCCAGGGAUUGGGGUCGUCGGGGGAGGAGUCGGAGAACUUUCAGGAAAAGGGAGGGAGUAGGAGGAACAGCAAACAUUGGCUUGGGGUGGUGGAUGGGGAGCGAUGGGGGUGA